GGAGCAGUAAGUUCCUGCCUUGUUGAGUAAGCAUGCCUGUGUGUGUAAUAAUGAUUGCACUGCUGGUGUGGGGGAAUUCAGACCCUCAGCCCUGAGACAGCUGCCAGGGGUUCACUCCACAGCACAAAUGGACAUCAAGGGACAUAGCUGGGCUGAUGAAGACUCUGAUGGGGACAAUGAAUGUGGCGAGUUCCUAUACGGGGUGCAGGGUACCUGCUGUGCUGAUCUAUACAGACACCCCCAACUAGAUGCAGAUAUUGAAGCUGUGAAGGAGAUAUAUAGUGAAAAUGCUGUGUCUGUCAGGGAAUAUGGAACCAUCGAUGAUGCUGAUAUCGACCUGCACAUUAACAUUGGAUUCCUUGAUGAAGAGGUAGCAACUGCUUGGAAGGUUAUCCGUACAGAGCCUAUAGUCCUACGCUUGCGCUUCUCCCUCUCUCAGUAUCUGGAUGGGCCUGAACCCACAAUUGAUGUUUUCCAGCCAUCAAACAGAGAUGAAUUUGGACUGGGGAUUCAGUUAAAAAAGAUUCUGUCCCUCUUUUCCUCUCAUCAGUGGAGAUAUCUCAGUAAUGAGGUUCUACGGUCCCAGCAGGAGAGGAGGCUUCGGUGGCUGAGAGUCAGUGGUAGUAUCAAAAGAUUCCGAGCUGGGCUAAGCAUCUUCUCCCCGGUACCUAAGUCUCCCAGUUUCCCUGGGGUCCAAGACUCAGUUGUCCGAAGUGGGCUUACAGCUACAGAUCUCCGGAGUAGUCUUGCAGCCUCAGAUCUCCGUGGUCCCCGCCUCAUGAACAGAUCAGUCUCCUGCACAUUGAGAAAUCCCAAGGCUGAGAUAUAUGGGCACACACAGGUCAGUGGUCACUGUAAGACAGCUCCCACUCUGGAGUAUGGAUUUUUGGUGCAGAUAAUGAAGUAUGCAGAGCAGCGACUCCCGACCUUGAAUGAGUAUUGUGUUGUAUGUGAUGAACAGCAUGUCUUCCAGAAUGCAUCCAUGCUCAAGCCAGCAGUGUGUACACGUGAACUCUGUGUCUUCUCGUUCUACACUCUGGGAGUGAUGUCUGGGGCUGCUGAGGAAGUGGCAACAGGAGCUGAGGUUGUGGGUCUGUUGGUUGCAAUGUGCCGGGCUGCUCUUGAAUCACCAAGAAAAAGUAUUAUUUUUGAGCCCUAUCCUUCAGUGGUGGAUCCCAAUGACCCCAAAACAUUAGCCUUUAAUCCCAAGAAGAAGAAUUAUGAAAGACUCCAGAAAGCCUUAGACAGUGUCAUGUCCAUACGGGAGAUGACACAGGGAUCCUAUUUGGAGAUCAAAAAGCAGAUGGAUAGAUUGGAUCCAUUGGCCCACCCUCUGCUCCAAUGGAUCAUUUCCAGCAACAGAUCCCACAUUGUUAAGCUGCCCCUGAGCAGGCAGCUGAAGUUCAUGCACACCUCUCAUCAAUUUUUGCUGCUCAGUAGCCCCCCUGCCAAGGAGGCGCGAUUCCGAACUGCCAAGAAACUCUACGGAAGCACAUUCGCCUUUCAUGGCUCUCAUAUUGAGAACUGGCACUCUAUUUUGCGGAACGGACUGGUGAAUGCAUCCUACACCAAACUGCAGCUGCAUGGAGCAGCAUAUGGCAAGGGUAUCUACCUGAGUCCCAUCUCCAGUAUAUCCUUUGGAUACUCAGGUAUGGGGAAGGGGCAGCACCGAAUGCCAUCCAAGGAUGAACUAGUGCAGAGAUAUAACAGGAUGAACACUAUUCCACAGACUCGAUGCCUCCAGUCUCGCUUCCUACAGAGCCGAAAUCUGAACUGCAUUGCACUGUGUGAAGUGAUAACAUCAAAAGAUCUUCAGAAACAUGGAAAUAUAUGGGUAUGCCCAGUGUCUGAUCACGUUUGUACACGUUUCUUCUUUGUGUAUGAAGAUGGUCAAGUGGGGGAUGCAAACAUUAACACUCAGGACCCCAAAAUCCAGAAGGAGAUCAUGCGUGUAAUUGGAACCCAAGUAUACAGCGGCUGAGGUGUGGAGACUUUGGGAUAAUUUACACAUAAGAGGGGUGAUGUCUAUCCCCUACAGGACCAAGACUAGGGGCAACUCUGCUAAUACCUCCGCGAACAGAGUGGAGGUGCUUUCUGAGAAAGAAGAGACCCAGUUUCACAUAGAAUUAAGAGUCUUGCACUGAACAAGAUCUCCUAUGGGACUAUAAGAUGUUCUUCAUGGAGCUAAUGCUGUUUUGAGACAUUACGUAUCUCAUUACCUUACCCAUGUCAUUGCCAACUCCUCCCCAUUAUUUCUCGUUUACAAUUUCUUGUUUAACAAAAAAAAGUGAAAAAAUAAAAAAAAUAUAAGAUUUUCUUUGAAA